UAAACAAUCAUGGCCGACAGCGAAACCAAACAGCCCGUCUAUUUAGUGAUUAGCAACAUUCCCGUAGCCUUCCACUCCGCCGACCUGAGGAAUUAUUUCAGUCAGUUUAUAGAGAGCGGUGCUUUUCACUGCUUCCACUAUCGACACCGACCGGAAGUUCUGAAAGAGCCCGAACGGUCCGAACCCACAACGGGAGGCGACGGAGAGAACGUUAGCAUCGCAUCCCCGGAGCCCGAAGCACCAAAGCAGGGCAGCUGUGUGUCGAAGCCGGCGGUGAAAUCAUGCUGUUGCGUCGUUUCUGUUCACGCUAAUCACGCCGACAGGUUCCUCCGCAUGUAUGCAGGGAACCACUGGAUCGACUCGAAGGGGAACUGGCUGGGCAGGCGCUGUGUUAUCAGGAGGAUACGAGUCUCCAGUGACAAAGGUGAAGGUUCCUUCCCUUAUAAGACCAAGUUUGAGCAACGUCAUCAUGUCUCCUUAACGGAGCAGUUCACUGACGCUGACCUGAACAGCCUGCCUGAGCUCAACCCACCUGCUCUGAUGCAGAACGGAAACGUGGGCACGCCAAUCAGAGUCUUCCUCCAGCUCAUCCAGUCCUGUCGCCUACCUCCACGUCUCAUCCGGAAGCUAGGCCUCACCUUCCCGAAAACCGGCUCCAGUCGUCGCUAUGGAAACGUACCCUUCCAGUACUACAAUACGUGCACCCUCCCAUCCACAGAGGAGACGGUGUUAACCGCUGCUGGACACGAGAUAUCGGGGCCAGGCUCUUUGAUCGCUCCAUCGUCUAGAUCGAGACUAAUGGCUGAUGAUGUUCAUGCAACAGAGGCGGAUGAAACGCAGAACGAAGCGGCAGAAGAAGAAGGAGAGGAUGUCCAGUCGAAUGCAGAUGAUGACGAUGACUGCUGUGAAGAGUGGGAACGUCACGAGGCCCUGCAUGAUGAUGUCACCAGCCAGGAACGCAGCAAAGAGAGGCUUUUCGAGGAAGAAAUUGAGUUGAAGUGGGAAAAAGGAGGUUCCGGUCUGGUUUUCUACACCGACGCUCAGUACUGGCAUGAGGAUGAAGGAGAUUUUGAUGAGCAAACUGCAGACGACUGGGAUGUUGACAUGAGCGUUUACUACGAUAAAGAUGGAGGCGACAUGGACGCUCGCGACUACAUAAAAAUGCGCUAUGAACAAAGACUGAGGGAAGGCGUUGAAGACGGAUCGGGGCACAAUCAGUCUAUCGGCAGCUUUGAGAGAUUUACUAAGGGCUUCGGGCGACGCUUGAUGGAGAAGCAGGGCUGGAAGGACGGUGAAGGUCUGGGAAGCAGCCAGGUUGGAAUUUCUGAUGCUCUGGAGAAUGAGGGCCAACAUCCACGCUGUAAACGAGGCUUUGGGUAUCACGGAGAAAAGCUGGUGUUGCACCCCGUAAAGAAAAGCAGAGCAGAUGUUCUCAUCAGCACAGUGUACGAUAAACCCAAAGACAUUGAUGAAGGUGACACCUUACUGAGACGUCAACCCAACACCAGCAUGAAGUACCGAGGCUGGCAGCCAGGUGGCAGCAUUGGAUCAAAAAGAUGACAUCUGCAAAACAUUUAGCUCUGUUUUAUUUAUUGUUUUAUAAUAAAAC